UUGACUCGUACACGCGUUCCUUCUCUUCCAUGGAAGCCUCUUCUUCUUCUUCUUCUGUGCAAACACUCCAAUCCCCUGCUUCCAUCGCUGCUGGAGAAACCCCUAUCGCCAUCAAUUAUUCCAGUUUAACGGUCGAGGAUCAUCGUAUGUCAAACCCAACUGUCCUUGACCCUUCCCUGUCAUCAAUACCCGUCAAGAGAAAGAAGAAAAAACGAAACUUGAAGGAUGUCUCGGAAAUUCCGGCGUCGUCUUCUUCUAAUUCGCAGAGGGGUAUGGGUAUACGCGUGGCGUGCAAACGCCGCACUAAGUUACAGCUAGGUUCGGCCCGGCGUGAUCGGAACUCUAAUCUGGAGGUGGUGGCGCUUCCUCUGGGAAUGUCAUUCGCGGCAGUUGUGGCUCAAGUUUUGGAGAGAAAAGAUGCAGCUGGUGAAAGGAUGUCCAUUGAUCAUCUGUCAAAGAUCUGCACUUCGGCGGUUACAGAAUCUUUAGCAAAUGUUUUUGGGGACCAGUUCAAUUGUUUUGCGAGGAACUUUGAGAAAUCAUUUGGAAGCACACUGAGGACUCUGAGACUGAUUAAUGAAUCAUCUAUGGAUAGGGGACAAAGUAUUGAAAGUUCUGUUGCAGACGUGAAACUGAAGAAACGAGGAGGAAAUACGAGCAGUUGUGGUGAAGAAUCUUGUCACUCAGCAACGGACUUGUCUUCUCUUUCAAUUCAGAAUCGUAUGAAUAGGGCUGAAGAUUUAGGGGAGAAUACGUCUGCAGUUUGUGUCAAUCAGGAACUUGCCCUGCACAGACAAGCAAACCGUCCAGAAUGUGUUUCUCCUAGCAUAUUAGGUUCUGUAGUAAAUUACCGGCUCAGAACCUUUGAGAAAUCUGUCAUGGAGCAGGCCCGCUCUAAUGAUCUAAAGACAAUGGAGAUCGAGCUUGCAAUUGAAAAAUUAAAGUUCAAAGAAGCACAGUUAGCUCUACAUUAUGAUUCAAAUAAACUUACGAGAUCAAAAUUAGCCAUGGGCGUGUCAAAGGCAUUGUUCAAAGCUGAAAUGUUCAAGAAUCAAUUAGAAGAUGUGAGACAUGCUGAGCUGCUUAGAAAGUGCAUAGACUCUCUUGUAGCUGGUUUGAUUAUCAUGCUGGCUGCCCUCGUAUCUGGUGCUUACUUCUUUUCUUAUGAAAGGAUUACAGAAGUUACAUCAUCCUGUUGGCCUUCUCCUCAGGAGUCCAAGUGGUGGAUGCCACAACCAUUUGCAUCCUUCAACUCAGGGUUCAAGACUUUGAAGUGCCAAGUUCAGGUUAUGAGCAAAAUGCUGUUUGGCAUCUGUAUGAUUAUUGUGAUCGCGUAUUUACUAAUCCAACGAACGGCAAUCCCACGUCAGACAAUGCCAGUUACCUUUAUACUACUGCUAUUAGGAGUUGGAUGUGGUUUUGCUGGCAAGCUUUGUGUAGACUCAUUGGGAGGAAGUGGACUGCAGUGGCUCUUAUAUUGGGAGGCUCUAUGCUCAUUGCAUCUUCUGUGUAAUCUUUGUACAUCAACCGUAUUUAUUAUCCUCUACGGACCAGUCACCGUAUCUCAAGGUGAAAAAGGGAAUGCAAGAAUUCCAUAUUGGUUCCGUCGUUGCUUGUUCUUUGCCAUCUUACUUUGUUUUCUUCCAUUGUCUGGUGGGUUGCUGCCUUUUGCAAGUCCUGGUGAAUGGAAAGAUCGCUUCUUUCCACUGCUCGCUAAUCAUGAAGUUGAGCUCGACGAUUGAAGCUGAAGCUAUCGGUGAAAAGAGGUUUGAGUUAGAUUUCGAGUCUUUGCUUGCUUUGCUGUAUGGACAGCUUCCCAAUCGUAUCUUUAAUUAUGUUAUUUUGCGCGAUUAAUCUAGUUAGUAUCAGGGGUUACCGGAACCUCUGCUUUCAGAGCAGUUUAGGGAAUGUCCAUUAAAGAUUGGGGGUUGGAGUCACAUAUGUAUUAUAAUGUCUGUACUUGUUGCAUUUUCAAGCGGGAUGUAGAAGUUAUGGAGGUACAUUGCAUCCAAGGAAUGAAGUGUGAAACGAUUGUGUUAUUCUGAUA